AUGGAUGAAAACACAACAGUCAUCGACCCCGAUGGAGAAGUUACCAUUAUCCUAAAGAAUCCCAAUGCGCCCUUUGCUGUUUGGGACGAAGAUCCGGAAGUCGAGCCGAGCACCCCCAAGAAUGGAGAGGAGGAGACCAACGAAGAACAUGAACAAUCGGGAGAUAUUGAGCCAAACGGGGCUACACCAGGCGACAACAAAAAAAGCGACGGAGAAAAGGUCAUCCGCGUACAAGUCUCGGCGAAGCACCUCAUGUUACCUUCUCCUGGUCUGAGACGACUCAUCACAGGUGGGAAAGAAGGCCGAUCCCCCAAGAAGAUAAGGCCCAAGGAGAUCGUUACCGACAGAUGGAAUACAAAGGCAUUUCUGCUCUUGCUGAACAUCCUCCAUUGUCGACAUAGCGAAGUGCCCCGGAAGUUGAGCCUCGACAUUCUAGCCAGACUUGCCGAGAUAGUAGAUCACUAUGAUUGCACCGAGGCCCUGGGGUGCUAUCCGGAGAUGUGGAUGAAUUUAUUGGAGGCGGUCCGUCCCACGGAAUACUCUCGGGACCUGAUACUGUGGAUAUGGGUGUCCUGGGUCUUUCACUUGCCCCGGCAACUUGCAGAAGCAACGUUGAUUGCCAUAUGGGAGAGUAAUGGUCCAGUUGCGGACCUUGGGCUACCAAUUCCAACUGAGCUCAUUGAUCACAUCAACAAGCAGAGACAGGCGGCUAUCUCUGGCCUGGUAUCCUCACUCAAUGCGCUGAGACAUGGGCUGCUUUGCGAUAGCAAGGGAUGCUCUUUCGACUGCAGAUUUAUGGCAAUUGGCAUUCUCACCAAAUCGAUGCACCAGAAUUCUCUCUCUGUGGAUGCUAGGAUUGUUGCUGGUCAAUGGAGCUUCCAUGACUUGAAGUUUAUGGUGUCCUCGUUCAGUCGGCAGUUAGAGGAACACAGCCGUUGUCAGUGCCAAUACACCAGCUGGAUCAAGGAGGUGAUAGGUAGCGCGGAAAAUAGCGUCACCAAGGAACUUCCUGCGGAUCUUUGGGGUUGAUCUUCGUGAUUUCAUUGCUCUUUCAUGGAUUUCAGGGUUAUGUGGUUGCAUCGAGGAAAGCAAAUUUUUGGGAGGUACAAUCUUUCAAGAUGGAGUUGGGUUACCCCUCAUCAAGCGAUAGCUAUAUCUUUUGCGAUUAGAAUCAAGCGUGAAUUGCCAGUGAUAGCCCGCCAAAAU